AUGGAGUACGACAAUCAGACGCUUCAAAUGGGUCAUACUACCCGUACGCUUUCACACUACUGCCCCUGGCAAGCCGACAAACCUCAAACAAUCCCCCGAGGCCAAUGGCCCGCCGAAGAAGGUCUCCAAUGGGGUUCAGAUCCCAGCUUCUGCUAUCACGGCUAUUCCAGUCCCAUCGGCACCUGGACAGAGGAACGGCUCGUGCAAAACCUGAUGCGGAAUAUGGCCAGUUUCUGUACCAGCAUGAAUCUAGGCUUCGAUAUCCCCCAAAUCAUAGAUGAGCCACCUCAGAAGCCUAUACUGGAUGCAUCGCAACUGAAUGGAUUCACCCUUCCCAUGUUCCAGCCCUCGAUGUCUCCACAAAGCGAACGACUCUCCGAGACACCAUCCUCGCCAUUUUCAUCCUCAUCGAGCCAAGGCCAAAUACUCUCUUCAGACGAUAAUGAAUGCUCACAACGGCCAAGCUGCAUCAAGUCCAGAGCUAAUUCCACACAAAGAAAGAGAAAGUGUGUGCAAAAGCCAGGGCAAAAAUUGUGCCACUGCCGAUCGGAAAAGAAGAGAAGAGAGUUUGUUGGAGAGCGAUAUAAAGAGCUCUCUCGUAUUGUACCAGGGCUCAGGGAACAAUCAUACACAAGGAAAUAUGUUCUCGAGGAAGCUGCACUGUGGAUACAAAGCUUGGUCCAGGGCAACGAUUCCCUACAUGAACAACUGAAGCAGUUGAAGGAACAGGAAAAGUUGAAUCAGUAG